AUGAUGCGCCCACGGCCCGCGUCUUCUCUGCAGAAGACAUACGAUGAAUGCUAUCUUGCGUGCUCCACGGCAGUCUACUUUGAAGGCCAAAAUAAUGAAGACGAAGCAUUACGGUCUUGGAAAUCGGCUCUCGAGACCAUCAAUUAUCACAAUGCCCGUCGACUGCCCUCAACAUAUACACCAAAGUCCGAAACGGAGAGAGCGCUGCAAGACUCGAUCCGCGCAUUGGAAACCCAAUGCCGAGAACGGGUUGAUCUACUGGAGGCGCUCCGUGAAAGCCGGAAAGAAUCGGCCGAGGCCAAUGGGAGCAGAGAGCCAUCGACUCUCGUCAAGAGUUGGAAGUUUCCUACCAGCUUGAAACGCUCGCCUUCGUCCAACAACACCCCGGGCUACAUUGGCGAUGGCACUAUCCCCGCUGUCGGGUACACCGAUCUGUCCAAGCCGGCCGCGAUCCCGGGCCAUCCAGGCAUGACGAAGCAUACGUCCGAUUCCCAGUCUCUUUUAGACGACGCUCCCGUGUUGGAAUCGCCUGCUUUGCGUGUAGAGUCAAAUUCAUCAGAUGUGAACAAGUCUCGAGGGUCAAGCCCGGAGAGGCGAAAGACGAUGUUGACAACCUUGCGAAACAUGGAAGGGAAAAAGACCAAGGCGAGCUCCAAGAGGAAAGACAAGAAAGAAUCGCGGCCUGCCGCAUCCAAGGCCGCCGGGCUGGCUUGGGGAAGUAUAUAUCGGACUCCAUCGAGUGAAAAGACCGUCAGCGAAGCGAUGCUGGCUUCUCGGCAGACAACCGCUCGAAAUCCCAGUCAUCGGCGUGACAUCGAUCCUCGGACCAGUUCGGGGGAAGAAAGAGCUGCGUCAGGAAAACCCACUCGAAAGGGCAACGAGGAUCCAGCAGAUCGUAUUCCCGCGGCGCAUUGGCGCGAGCCUCAAAUUCCAUCCUCGUCGGAGAGGCCGUCUCCCAAAGCUUCCACACCAUUGUCUCCCAGGAGGCCUCCGCUUUCUUCGCCUGGCCGUCCCUCAUUUUCACCCUCCUCUUCCUCCGGUCAACUUGCCAUGCCGGAUCCAAAGGAUUUUGCUCGACCCUCCGCAUCUUCGCCCGCUCCUAAGCCCUCAGUGAAACCAAAACCUGUCAGCCUCAGAAGCUCACUGGCACCCACGCCUCCUCGAGUCACCCCGGCGAAAUCUGAGGGAAACUCGCCUUCAGCGACGCCCCGGCGGGACCGGAACGACAACCUCUCAAGUAGUAAGACGCGCACUAAAUCCGCCCCUCGUGUCACCCCGACAAGUCCGCCAGCAUCUAUGCCGUCAGCUUCGCGAAGUGGCGAAGUCCGGCGAGGACCUAGCAAAACAUCAGCUUCCAUGGCGGGGGAGAGUCAUGCGGUACGGCGCAAACCACCGCCACCUAAGCGUCAAGAGACGCCGUCAUCAAGCGAUCAGGAUUCGUGGGAGCAACGAUCGUCUGACAACGAAGCAGGGGAUGAGGACGGGGAUGAAGGCAACCAGGACGUCGUCAAGAUACUAAGCAAGCUACCCAAGGGUGUGGACUUGCAAUCAGCUCGACAGAUCCUGAACGACAUUGUCGUACGCGGAGAUGAAGUGCACUGGGAUGAUAUUGCGGGGCUCGACGGAGCCAAGAAGGCGCUCAAGGAAGCUGUGGUGUACCCAUUCCUCAGACCGGAUCUGUUCUCAGGGCUUCGUGAGCCUGCUCGCGGCAUGCUCCUCUUCGGCCCUCCAGGGACCGGCAAAACCAUGCUAGCGCGUGCCGUUGCGACGGAAUCCAAAUCAACCUUCUUCUCCGUCUCAGCAUCCAGUUUGACGUCCAAGUGGCAUGGUGAGAGCGAAAAGCUCGUUCGUGCCCUGUUUGGUCUCGCCAAGGUUCUCGCACCCUCGAUUAUCUUCGUGGAUGAGAUUGACUCAUUACUCUCUGCGCGAUCUUCGAGCUCAGAACACGAGGCAUCUCGGCGAUCCAAAACCGAGUUUUUGAUUCAAUGGUCAGAUCUCCAACGUGCUGCAGCCGGCCGUGAGAUGUCUGCGAAGGAGAAGAAAAUCGGAGAUGCCAGUCGAGUGUUGGUCUUAGCCGCAACCAACAUGCCCUGGGACAUUGAUGAAGCCGCAAGGCGUCGAUUCGUGCGCCGACAAUACAUUCCCCUCCCUGAGCAUCAUGUGCGCGAGCAGCAACUGCGCCGACUGUUGAGCCACCAACAUCAUCGACUCAGUGAUGCCGAUAUCCAGGCCCUUGUAGGAAAAACUGACGGGUUCUCCGGCUCCGACAUCACAGCACUUGCCAAAGACGCCGCCAUGGGUCCACUCCGUAAUCUCGGCGAAGCACUCCUUCAUACUCCAAUGGAUCAGAUUCGGGCGAUUGAAUUCCAGGACUUUGAAUCAAGUUUGGAAUCAAUCCGGCCCAGUGUAUCGUCGAGUGGUCUACGACAAUAUGAAGAUUGGGCGCGAGAGUUUGGUGAACGUGGUGGAUAG